UAGCCUCACUUCUUAGAUCAUAACUUCACCACAGAUAUCCUCCUGAGUUAGUUGAUCUAUACCAACAAACUUUGUUGAAUCAAGAUGGCGCCGACGAUCAAAGUUGCUGUUAUCCAACUCUACCCAGAGCCACUACAGCCAGAGCACAAUUUCAACAAAGCUGUUUCAUUCAUCCGCUCAGCAGCAGCUCAGGGCGCACAACUCGCCGUCCUACCCGAAUACCACUUGACAAGCUGGAAACCCAACGAUCCCGAGUUCCUAAACUGCAUCGAACAAUGCUCCGGCUACCUAGAGAAAUACUGCUCUCUAGCCAAAGAAUGUAACAUCUCCAUCGUCCCCGGCACAAUUGUAGAAUCCCACAGAGAAAACUCCGCAGCAGAAGACAAACUCCUCAACGUAUGCUACUACAUCUCGCCCUCAGGAGCCGUAACAGGAAAAUACAUCAAAAAGAACCUCUGGGGCCCUGAACGCGACCACCUCACCGGCUCCCGCCACGACCCGCACGAAGUCUUCGACACACCCAUCGGAAAAGUCGGGCUACUAAUCUGCUGGGAUCUCGCCUUCCCCGAAGCUUUCCGUGAGUUGAUUGCAGGUGGCGCGCAAAUCAUCAUUAUACCCACCUUCUGGACACUCAACGAUUGCAACGAAGCGGGCCUUGCGCGGAAUCCGGCUGCAGAGGCGCUGUUCCUAGAUUCUAUGCUCACGGCACGUGCAUUUGAGAAUACGUGUGCGGUUGUUUUUGCGAAUGCGGGGGGUCCGCCCGGAAUGGGGUAUGCGGGGUUGAGUCAGGUUACUGUGCCGUUUGUUGGGGCGUUGGGGAAACUAGGGGGUGCAGGGGAGGGCAUGUGUGUUGUGGAUUUGGAUAUGCAGGUGCUUGAGGAUGCGGAGAGCAAUUACCAGGUUAGAAGUGAUAUUGCGAGGGGAGAUUGGCAUUAUGUUUAUAGGCAUUCUGGGGAUGGGAAGCUUUGAAGGAUGGAUGGAAAGUUCAGGAGAAUUGCAUAUGGUGGAUGUAGGUUAAGCUGUUGUGAUGCUCAUUGUCGAAGCGACACUGCUAGCGGUUUGUUGGUUAGAAGGGAAUGCUGAGAAAUUUGUUGAGUACGAUUAGUGCUGUAGUCAAUCCUGAAGCUGCAUUGUGA